AUAAAUUCACCUGUAAAUUGUAAUAAAAUUAGAGCUUUCUUUUUAAUUCACUCUUAAUUUCUCAAGGAAUUCACAGAAACAAACAAAAAUGGCCGGCCAAGGUCCCCACAACAACUCAUUUUCAGGCCAAGCUCAGAUGACGAGAGAUAGCUUACACGAUCAAGGCGAGAGCCAAAAUUUCCUUCAAGAGACCGGGUCACAUGCUAAGAAUAUGGCGCAAGGCGCAGCUGAUGUGGGCAAAGGAGCCGUGCUCGGGGCAGCUAGCCUUGCCCGUGGGGCAGCCACGGGCGUGGCGAAUGUGGCCACGGGUGCAGCCGAUGCUAUAAAAAAUACCUUCGGAGGUGCCGCCGACAGUCAUCAUUAUAGCAAUGCUAGCGUGGACAGCUCGGCUAAUCCAAGUGCAAAUCAAUCCACUUAUGCCAACAGGCCUAGCUAUCCACACAACCCCAACUAAUUAAAGCAUCUAAGUACCAUCAUUUAGAUGCAAUUUUUUUAAUUUAGUUUAAAAUAAGUCUUUGGUGCAUCAUUUGAUUUUGAUUAUCGGAUGGUGCAUUUAUCGAAGGUGGUUUGAACCAUCUUUCGUGGGAAUGGCUAGUGAUGUAUUUAUUUGAAAAAUAAGUAGUGUAUUUGAUUUAUUUAAUUUGUAGGAUGUCGAGUUAUUUGGUAUUGUUCCCCUCAUUCUAUUUCUGUAAUCAUUUUAAAUAUUAUUAUCCUCAAAGCAUCAGCUGAUUUUCUCGAA